GAAUUCAUAUGUACACAUAUCUAGCCCGAAAAUUGACAGUUAUGUAUACAUAAGCUGUUCGUGCGUGAAAUCAUCCGGAAUACCUGCAAGCUACCAAAUAAACGACGAAAAACACCAGAAUACCUGUCAGCAAGUCGACACAUUUUGUUUUGGGGUCAUUCUGUUUGUUGUUGUAAAACAAAACAGAAAGAUGGACGAAGGCGGAGACGGUUUCGAUCUUUGCGAAUGCAUCUGGGGUCAUGAGCUCUCAAUGAAUCGAUUACUAUCAUUGUUGAGACAAUCACAAAGCCAUUGCACAGAUACAGAAUGUUUUGUGGAUGCCAACCAGCCAAGGCAGGAAACUGCUUCAGAUUACUACAUUGUGAUGUCUAUUAUGCUUGUGAUCUACUUUUUUAUGCACUACUGGAUGGUGAACCAUCGCAGAGGACGCAACACUAUUGCUGGUGAUACCAAACCAUCCAAUGGACAUGGUUCUAAUGAUGGUCCGCCAACACCACCACCGUCAACAACAUAAGAAAAGAUAUUAAAUCAAUUAUUGAAGAUAAACGACGAAAACUUGCGACUAUGGGUAUGAAAUUAUAUGUAGAGGAAUUUAUAAUUUAAUUGGUAUUUCAAAAAUGUUUAUGAGUGCAAUUCUUAGCCGGUCUAAGAAAAAAGAAGAGUGGUAUAGUAAUUAAAAUGAUGAUAUUGCUUUAAUUUUCUAAUUUUAGUUUAAAAUUCUUAAAAAAUCAACACGGAAAUAGUCACAUUCCUUUGAAAUACUCUACACAUCUAAAUUAUUCAAAUAAUUUAAAUUUAAAAAUGGUGGAGGAUGAUUUAUUUUGUUCACUGAAUGCACACUCACUAUUUUAUGCUGUAAAAUAUAAUAUAGAAAAAGUUGAAGCGUCAAAUAUGUAUAAUAAAUAUUUCAAUGGUAUUUUAACCAAUUAUUGCUAUCAGUAUAUAAUUAUGACAUCAAGGUUUAUGCAAUAAUAAUAAUAUAUUGUGUUUUAUAAAAAUGUCUGCAGAUUAAAUAUAUAUUUUCACAUG